UAUCAAUAUGGACAGCUCUUUCUUGUUUACUUUUCUUUCUCUUUCUAAAAUUUACUCCCCACCUCAGUCACACCAUUUCAAUCCCUGUCUCUUAUUGCUUGAGAAAAGUCCCACUACAGUUUUCCUUAGUUCAUUAUUCAUUAUUCAAUUUGGGACCUCAUAUUUCCUAUUCUUAUCCCCAUAGCGUGCACAUGAGCACAAAUAAGAGUGUUACUUAGGAAUCUGACACCACCUUUUUGCCUGUCUUACUCUCUUCCUUUCUUCUUCCUAUUUGACCUCCCUUGUUUAUCCACUUUCAAGAUACCAAAAGAAGAAGAAAACAACAAGAAGAAAUGGUUAUGAAGAUGUUCCUUUUGUUGUUACCUUUUGUCUUUCUCUCAAGUGUAGUAGUAGUAGUAGAAGCACAAGGAGGAAGCAUCAGUGCUGUUGAUUUGUCUGCUUUACGUGAAAUCAAAAACAGCCUCACCGACAUUACUUCCUCUUCUCCUAAUGCAUUUUUCGCUAGUUGGGAUUUCAAUGCCCCCGACCCAUGUUCCUCUUUUGCAGGAAUUACUUGCUCUUCUUCCAUUCCUAGACGUGUAAUUAUUCUUAUUCUUGGUACUGGUCUUUCUAAUUCACCUGGUCUUGCUGGUACAUUAUCUCCAGCUAUUUCUAAUCUCUCCGAGUUAAGUCAGCUUGUUCUUUUCUCCGGAAUUGUUACUGGUCCAAUCCCUUCCCAACUCGGAACACUCAAAAAACUGAGUGUCAUCUCUCUCACCAACAAUCGCCUCACUGGGUCCAUACCUAAUUCCAUUUUCACUCUGUCAAAUCUCCAUACUCUCGAUUUGAGUCACAAUCAAUUAACCGAAACAAUCCCCAGUUCAUUAUCUGACAUGUUUUCAUUGAAGGUACUUAUUCUCGGAUCCAACAAACUCUCCGGUGAGAUCCCGUCACUGCCAGAGGAAUUACUACACUUGGAUUUGAGUAACAAUGAGCUCUCGGGAGUGUUAACGAGGAAAAUUAGAAUGCCGUUAACGCUCCGUUAUCUGUCGGUAUCAGGAAAUCGGUUGUUGGGACCACUUAGUUUCCUCGAAUUACUCUCGGAGUUAGUGUACCUCGACUUAAGCAUGAAUCACUUCAGUGGGACCAUCCCUUCAUCUCUUUUCCGUUCCACCUUGUCAUCAAUGUUCCUCCAACGGAACAAUUUAACUGGAGGGGUUCCACAACUACCACCGUCAUCAUUCGCCACUACCAUUUACGGUCCUGGAUCCAUUGUUGAUCUGAGUCACAACUCGCUCACCGGAGAGCUCACGGAUACUCUCGCAGGAGUAGAAACUUUGUUCCUUAACAACAACCGGUUCACCGGAGCAGUACCGAUGAAUUACGUGGAAAGUGUUUACAGUGGAAGCACAAGAACUCUGUAUCUGCAACAUAAUUACAUUGCAGAGUUUCCGGUGAAAGAAGGAUUACCAUUGCCGGAUUCAGUAGCAUUGUGUUUAUCGUACAAUUGCAUGGUGCCACCAGUGCCAGUGGGGUUCAUGGCAUGUCCUGCUAGCGCCGGCGCGCAGAUUUCGAGACCACUUAACCAGUGUUCUGCUUUUAAUACUUCCAUGCCAUAAGUUAAAAUUUGAAUUUUGGCCACUUUCGAUUAACAACACAAAAAUUUCGAUUUCUCUCAACCACAGCACAUGAUGAUUGAUACAUAUGAUACGUAUACAUAUUUUGAUUCGUUUAAUGUUCUGAUUUUCUUUUCUCUUUUUCUGUUCAAAUUAGUCUCUUGUUUUAGGUUAAAGUUACUAGUUUUGACAAUUGUAAUCUUUUUUUACUUGAGCAUAAUUUCGACUCUGUUUAUUUAUUAGUAAAGUAAUGUACAACAUGAUCCACCAACUUUUUGAAA